AUGCUCAAGCUCUUGACUCUACUAGUUAUUGUGUCUGCAGUUUCUGCAGCAGGAAAUACCUGCAAAACUGGAAAUAUUGUGAAUAGACUCGUCAACUCUAAGCCAUAUUACUGGCCUUCCACGUGGAAUGAGACUCAAUCCACUCCUCAUCUGGCGAAAGAGCAGUCUUGCAGUUGGAUUGUGACUAUUCCAAAUGGAUACUACGCAAAGUUGAGUAUCAGUGGAAAGACAACUGACAAGGAUUCUCGAUUCCAAACUAUCGACGCGGUUGGAAACUUUAUACAAACAACUCACGAAGGAAUGGAGCCAUAUUACUUCCCACCGACCAAGUUCACUCUUGCCGUUUCCAACGAAGCUGUCGCUUCAUUUGCAUUCAAAAUUGAAUGGUUCCCACUUCCUCGAACCACUCGUAUCAAUUUUAUCGGUGAGGAGGCCGAUCUCAUCAAUGCCACCAACCAUUUAUUCUGCGAGUCGUAUGGAGGAAACGGUGGAAUCACGUUGCUACCACUCCCUAUAAACCGAACACACUAUUAUUCUCUAAGAAGUACUCUUGUUUUCCAAGGACAUGAUACUGAUAAUGGAAUUUACAUUUCAAAUCUGUUCCUGUUGUAUCAAACCAAGAAGUUAUACAUUAAUGAGUACGAUAUUGUCGUCGCUAACCUUGAAGCCAGUAACAAACAAGAUCUACUUCUGAUUCAGGAGGCUCAAAAUAUCAAAAAUGUUACUUAUGUGGAGUUGAUCCCAGAACCACAUUCCAAUGUGACGGUUACUGUAAACAGUCACAAAACGCAGGAAGCCUUGCUCAUCGCAUAUCAAGUGAAUCAGACUCUUGUUGAUGUUCAGAUGGAUGCUUCUGCCACCGUCACCCUCUACUAUGGUUCCCCAGGUGGAUUCUCCUUUGACAAAACUUAUAACAAAACCGCACUUCUCAGCGCCCUUCCACUUCAAUUCAACGUGUUCGGUGGUGUCACUGAACUUUUUGUGACGGCAAAAGCAACUUUCACUUUUGAAUAUCUGUAA